AUGACCUCCGAUACUGCAGACCGUCAAUCUCGAGACCCCGCGCCGAAAGGUAAAUCCCGCAAAACCGACCCGAACGCUCCGAUUAGAAAGCGCCGCAAGAGAACGGUGGUCAGCGGGGCCCCUGAUGACUGUUUCGCCUGUUCCAAUCGAGGAGCGCGAUGUGACCGCCGUCGACCAUAUUGUUCCCAGUGUCUCGACCUGGGCCGCGAAUGUUCCGGAUACAAGACGACGUUAACAUGGGGCGUUGGGGUCGCAAGUCGAGGGAAGCUUCGGGGUCAGAAACUCCCCGUCAUGGAAACGGACGACCAGGUGCGGACCAAGGCAGCGAAAUCACCACCGAAACCCUCAAAUAGUGUCCCGUCUUCGUCACGGCUUCCCUCAAAUGCUGCGGUCCCGGCGCCCCCGGUUACCGGCCCAACAAUGUCGUCCUUCGGUGCUGGAAUCCCAAAUGUGAAACUUGAAGGCAGUCCGCCGAUGAUGAUGGAUUCAUUCGAUAUGUCUUCAAAUUUGGCUUGGGCGAUGGAUAUGCCAGACCCGCAGUCGUGGAGUACCCCUGCGCCUGCACCCAAGAUUUCAGGCCUUCCAUUACCAACACGACCUUUGAUUCCGAAUAAUACUCAAGCUCAGGCGCCAGAGACACCUUUGCUCUAUGCUCCAAUUCUAAGCCCCACGGCUAGUUUCAGUUCUCCGGUUUGGCCUACGGGAAUGCCAUUUUCAUGCCAGCCUGCUACUCCGCCUUCAUCACAUGAUAUAGAUGAAGAGGAAGUCAAACAAGAUCCUAAUUACAAUAUGCUUUGGAAUGCCGCUCACUCUCCAUCCCUCUCACAGCUUCUUCUGGCAAGAUCCGUCGGGCGCACUCCACGUAUACGAUAUCUCAUCAGCUAUUACGCUGAAGUCAUUGCACCUAUGAUUGUCGCAUUUGAUACCCCCACAAACCCCUUCAGAACCCAUGUCAUCCGCCUGGCCAUGGAGAGUGAGGCUCUGCAGGAGGCAAUUGCGACAUUAGCUACGAGUAAUUUGCGUCAGAGGCGAGAACACAACCAUCUCUCUACCGAAAGAACCUUGCCGGCUCGCAUGUCUUCGAUGGCUCACCGUGCCCUCACAGACGAGGACUUUCAAGAUCGAUAUGGCAUUUCAAUGACGGAGGGGUAUAGGAGAGAAGAAAACCACCAUCGGGGAAUGGCUGUCAAAGCGUUGAAUGCAGAUCUGGCUGAUCCACGCCGACGAUUGUCGGAUUCAGUACUGGCGACCCUGUUAAUGCUCUGUCUGUUCCAUGGGUGUGAUACUGGUGUUGCUGGGUUUAGAGCACAGUUUGCUGGAGUCACUAGACUUCUUGCGAUCCGAAUGCGCCAUUCCCGCGUCAUAACAGAUGAUCUCAAAUGGUUCAUUCGCAUGUUCUCAUGGUUUGAUACAUUGACAGCAACCACGAAUGACCGGGACGUACAACUCCGCGGAACAUGUCUGGAUAUCAGCUCAACGACCGAUGGAGAAUGGGGAUUGGAGAACUUGGCUGGCUGUGAUGGUCGUUUGUUCAAGCUGAUCUCUCAACUGGGACGAUUGAACCUCCUCAGCCAAGACCAAGAACCCAAUCUGUCACGGCCUCAAGAUGCCGGUGUCGCUACGACCUCCCUUCCACCUAACAUGCUAUUCCCGGGAUGGGAAACAGUCACUCCAGAUCCAGCAAUGGGCUCUAUGCCACUUCCUGGAUACGGCUUUUCCCUUCCUACCCCACCACCAAGUAGCGACUCGAGCCGUCGGCCUUCGUCUCCAGCCUUCUGGACAGAGUGGUAUUCGCUCAGGCAGCGACUUGAAUCCUGGCGAUUCGACCCUCCUACUGCACCAGCUACGCAACCCGAGUCUUUCCCCUCUCCUCCCUUAUCCACAAUGUCCUGGAACUCUACGACAUACGUGACGCCGCCGACUUCCACGUCAGCCUACCAAGUGGCACCCGAGAACCUGCAGGACGUCUUCCAGAUCUCGGAAUGUUUCCGGCACGCCGCCCUUCUAUACUGCGAGCGUCUAGCCGAGCCGAUGCUCCCCUCCCGACACGGACGUAUCCAGCACCUCGUCCAGCUGGCCAUGCAUUGCAUCAUCACCGUGCAGUCAGAUGUGUACCUCCUCUGGCCGCUCUUCAUCGUCGGCUCGGAGUGUGUCCAGGAAGAUCACCGCUCGAUCAUUCGAAACCGCUGCAGGGAUAUCUCCAAGGACUCGGGCUUCAUCAACAAUCUUUCCUGUCUCGAGCUCCUGGAAAGGAUUUGGGCAGAGCAAUCCGACGAUUCCUCUUUCCCGAUAUAUCCUAGCGAGUUUGCUCCCCCGCCUCCGCUGGCUGGUGGCAAGGCCCCAAUUACCUCGCAGGCCUUCCGGUGGUCCCGAGUCAUGCAAGCCAAGCGGGGCGAUGGUGAGUAUAUGGUUGCAUAA